AUGGAUCACCUUCAGCGCAUGAGUGAGCAAUGGAGGCAUCGACACGGACGGGCUCGUGUCGUAGCCCAAUACCACCAUCUUUACCGUCGAAACGAUGAGUUGCUUGUCAGCCAGCUUGCGACGCCAGUGGAUGAUGCGGUUGCAGAAGCAGAGGCGGCAGAGGCGAUACAAGCUCGCAUACGACCGGAAGUUGUGUUGCAGUGCGAUAAGAUGAAGAUUGAGGAGUUGCAAGCAGAAAUCGAGCAACUUCAGAACGAGAAAGUUGCUCGCGAAGAAACCGAGCAGCGGCUUCGCAGUACGUUUGAGGCCGAACGCGAUAAUGCCAUCCAGAAGGCGAAGGCAGACAUCGAGCAGCGCACGCGAGAGGCGUUGCAGACGGAAAGCGAGACGGCGAUCCAGAAAGCAAAGACUGAAGCGGAGCAAGAGCUCGGCAGGGUAUUUGAGAUACUCAAAACCGAGAAGGAUAUCCGGGAGAGCCUGGAGGCACAGUUCGGCAGAAGUCUUGCAGAGGUGAUACGUGAGACUAGAACACAGACCCGCGAAGAACUCGCGAAGACCCAUGCGGACGCUCUUCGGAAGCAAGAGCGAGACUUGCGCCAAGAGUACAGUGCGCGAUAUGCCAGAGCCUUCCAGAAGAGGAAGCAGGUGAACGAGAGGAUCAGGGAGCUUCUUAAUGAAGAGACUCUGGAGCAGGAAGCAGCUGCUCCUCGGGUCCAGCAAAGAUUACUGGCUAGCAGAGGGUCUGAAGAUCUCACAGACCAAGACCAGAGAGAACAUACCGAGCUUCAAGUACCGCGAGGCUCAGAUACCCUUAGAGCACACCUCCAAGGACUUACGGAGGGUAGCCAGUUCGGUGAGCAACUGGAGAAUGGCGACGAAGGCUGGCAAGCGCACCAGCAACGAGGAGAUGGAGCAGACGCCGCCGACCAGACUCGGGUCAGCCCAGCAAUAUAG